AUGUCAAUGUCAGUGCCAGUGCAGCAGGCCAGCCACAGUUUCUCGAAGACGUGGAUCUCACCAAACAUCUCCGGAAACAAGCAACAGGAGAGGGCGAAGGCUUCUCGAAUAAGAUUCUGCAAGAAGUCGGAGGCAUGGACGAAGGAUAUGAAUCGCGAGCAGCAUCGCGUCGAUUUCGAACGAGAAUGCGAAGAUCGAAAAGAGAAGCAAGCACAUCGAGAAUACAACAAGCAGAAGGGCCAGCGGGCCAUCAGGGAGCAAUACGGUAUCCCAGUGACUACAUCCCCUCGGCCUGGAAGCCUGUUGGCCAACAAGAUUGAGUCUGCAGUCUCUGACCCGAUGCAAAAUCUGGAUCUGGUACCCGCCUUCUACAACAAUUUCUCAACGGUACUGUGCCUUCCGACUGCCUUCUCACGAGGCUACAGCAUCAAUCGACUCGAUCCAAACUGGGCGGAAGGCGGGACUCCAAAGCCAGAGCCCAGAUUCCCCGGCAUUGCUGAAAAGCAGUACGAAGGAGACGGGCGCAUCGCAACCGACAUGCUGCAUCGCCGCUUCCUCGGUGCUCCGCGGGUGCCUGGCAACGACACAGUCAACUGGUCUCAAGCAUCCAUCAUCCCUCAGUACCCGCUUGACGACACUCGACUGUACCACGACAUCGCCCUUCGUGGCAUGCCAAACGCCCACGAGGGCAUUGUUGUCGAGGAACUCAUGUUCCGCUCGUACGAGUGGGAUGGUCGACCAUGUGCCGGCCAGCCAGCCGUGACCGACGAAGGCGUCCAUCUCCUCGAUGCGGACCUGCUGGCGUACCUGGACGAUUAA